CCUCUGUGUCGCUGGUGAAAUCUAGACACUACAGUACUGCGACAAUGUUUGCAGCAGCGGCAGUCGGGGCCGUGAUGAUCAAGUACGAGCAGCGCCAGAUCCGAAAACGCGACAAUCAAAGACACAGACAGGCGACGCACGAGCCACAGGCUGCUAGUACGACGCCCCAAGCUGUGGUGACGCAGGCCGAAAGCACGCCCACGUUGACAAGGCUCGGUCGGGCGCUCAGGCCCGGCCGGCGCACCGACGACGCGCAGGCUGCCCGCUCCAGCGCGGGCGAAUCGCUUGCAUCCAGCAGUGAAGUGGCGCGACGGGAGCAGGAACUCCGCAAUCUUCCCGCGCCGCCCUCGUAUCAGCCGACGCCAUCCCACACAGAUGCGCAACGGGUGCCUCCGCCACCGUAUCAGGCAGCCCAGCCCUUGCCAUCGUAAGCAGCCCUUGCCCCAUCGCCUCUCUCUCAAGAGGUGCAGGCCAAAAGGUGCACGGGCCUCUCCCGGGACACACGCGGACAAUGCACAACUCGACCAAUGCUCUAUCAUCUAUGGCCGUGCACAGGCUCGCUCGCUCGUCGGCAUGAGGAACAACAUCGUCUAUUGAGUUGAGCAUCGUCUAUAGUGCUGGGUUUGUAUAGUACAUUGCUCUAUCUGCGCACUCAUGCGUGGCAACCUUUGCCUUGGAUUCUAAAGUCAGCGACUCUGGCCGUCGACAAUCGGCAGCCGCACGGCAGCCUCUUGGCCUGUAUAGUCCCCGCGGCAAGUAAGAAAUUCUACUGGAGUUGAGCCGGCCCUUUC